UUAUUUUAAUUUUUUGGUUUUCUUUUUUUUUUUCAACCUUGCAGAAUCCAAGAUAAAAUAGAAUAAAAAAAAACACACCAAAGACGGAGAAGAAGGAGACAAAGAAGUAAUGCGUGCCAUCAUAAAGAUUGUUGGAUUACUUGGAUUCCUAAAUGCAGUCUCUGCACGCGUUCAUCCCACAGAAGAAUUUUUGGAUGAAGAAUUGACCUUGACACCUCUUUCGGACGGAAAACUACUUGCUCAUUUUGAAUUUACAACCAAUGUACAAGCUCACACAGACCCCAAUGCUCCGUUCUUGGACUAUGGAUUGUUUCCAAAGGCUAUCGGACAAGUGUUGCAAGAAUACGAUGUACAGGAAAUGCACUUGACCUUUACUCAAGGCCGAUGGAAUUAUGAAGAAUGGGGAUAUCCACCAGAACAAUCGGCAGGUACAGGUGUCGAGCUCUGGGCAUGGAUGAAAAACUCGAACAAAAUUGAUGCCAAUUGGCGAUCAUUGACAAAUGUCCUGUCAGGUCUGUUUUGUGCUUCACUUAAUUUCAUCGAUGACACCUUGACAACCCAACCACGCAUGUCCUUUUUACCCGAGCCUCUAUCUCAGUCUGAUCGUGAAAGUCACCACCACCAAUAUAUCAACAACGACAACGACAACGACAACGACAACAGAAGCAGCAGUAGUAUUCAUGCUGAAGAUCAAAUUAAAAGUAUCCAAAGAGAUUCACAAUUGCGCUAUGGAGCUCUUCCGCAUGAAAAUGUGUGUACAGAAAACCUCACACCCUGGAUCAAAAUGCUGCCUUGUAAAGCAAAGUCUGGUAUUGCCGUUCUCUUGAAUGCCCACAAGAUUUAUAACUCGAAUUUCCACGCUAUGGGAAUUGUGGCUAGAUCAAUGUGCAGAGAUGAGGCAUGCAGUGAGCGUGUAUUGGAAUUAAGGCAGACAGUUACAUCUGUGCUAGAUCCUGUCAGAGACACUGGCAGAAGAGAUUGGUCACUUGAGACCAUCUUUGAGAGAACAUUAAAAGGAUCUUGUCCAUUGGCACGUCAGAGCCGUGUGUUGGUCAACAUGGAUGGUGUAAACAAGGAAAGAGAACUCAAGCCAAGUCCAACUCUAAUCCGAGACGAACAUACCUCUGAAAAUACACAGAUCGCUGUAUAUGACUUACACCAAUCUACCCAACCACUUGAUGUCCGUAUGUCCUGGAGUGAACCAGUCUUUAAAUAUCCUCUUGAACCUAUUCAUCCUGUGGUUUCUGCUCAGCGUUAUUUUACAGGAUAUGGCCAAGAAAGAGGCGGACUGAGAAUAACUAUUCACAACCGUAGUCCAGACAAAAGUAUUCCUGUCGUCUACUAUGAAUCGGCCCCAUGGUUCCUAAAGUUCUUUUUGCACACCCUCAAGGUUGAUGUUCUAGGAUCAACAGAAAAUGAUGAUGAUAUUAUUGAAAAGAUGUAUUACCAACCUGCCAUUGAUAGAGCUAGACCAACAAUGCUCGAGUGUCGAUUAAAUCUUCCUCCUCAAUCGGUGGUCACACUGUCUGUAGACUUUGAAAAAGUUUUCUUAAAAUACACCGAGCAUAGGCCAGAUGCGAACCGUGGAUUUGACGUCGGCUCCGCUGUCCUUACUGCUUGGCUACCAAACAAGCUUACUAACCAAACAAGCAGUAGUUACUAUAGUAAUGAUAAUGAUAGUGACUAUAGCAGUACCAGUGCCAAUACUAGUGCCAGUAACAGCAUGAGUAGCAGUAGCAUGAGAAUCUAUACUGACACGUUGUUGGUGAGCCUUCCAACUCCAGACUUUAGCAUGCCAUACAACGUCAUUACCUUGACAUGUACGGUUAUAGCUCUAUUCUUUGGAUCUCUCUUCAAUCUCUUGAUUAGGUCCUUUUACAUGGUCGAUUCUGAAGACAAUAAACCUAAAAAGUCUUAACUCUCGUUAUUGUAUAUAUAUAUAUACUUUAUUAGUUAUCUCAACAACUUGUCCUCACAGUGUUAUGCCUCACAGUAAACCAGAGUUAUACGGAACCUUUUAUACAUAAUUAUAAAAUGAUCGUAUAAUUGAAUUCAUAUAUAUAUAUAUAUACUUUCUUUUUGUUAUAUUAUGAGCUGUUGCCAAUAGUUUUGUCAUUGAAAUAUAAGCUUUGUAAUUCUUCUGGUGCAUUGAUGAUGACGAUGAUGCUUCUGCUGCUCUUGUUGUAGUUUUUAUAUUAUGCUAAAUUAUAUAUUAACUAUCACAGGAUAUAAUACAUAAUGAAUUUUUAUUUUCUUC